UCUUAUCAAAGAAACACACAACCCAAAAACUGCAUUCUAUCACUGUUUUACCAUGGGAAGUUCUGGUUUUUCCUGGGACAUCUGCUUGUUUAUCCUCCUCAUAAACACUUGUGAGAUGAUGGGGAAUGUUGGACCCGCAGAUGCAGACGAGUGUUCCGAGGACACGGAUGACUGCCACAUCGACGCCUUGUGCCAGAACACCCCCAAGUCCUUCAAGUGCAUCUGCAAGCCAGGAUACAAGGGAGACGGCAAGCAGUGCGAGGACAUGGACGAGUGUGAGAAUGACUACAACGGCGGAUGUGUCCAUGAGUGCAUCAACAUCCCGGGGAACUACAGGUGCACAUGCUAUGAUGGCUUCAUGUUGGCCCACGAUGGGCACAACUGUCUGGAUGUGGAUGAGUGUCUGGACAACAAUGGGGGAUGCCAACAGGUUUGUGUCAACACCAUGGGAAGCUACGAGUGCCUCUGCAAGGAUGGCUUCUUUCUCAGUGACAACCAACACACCUGCAUCCACCGCUCAGAUGAUGGGAUGAACUGCAUGAACAAGGAUCACGGCUGCGCCCACAUCUGCAGAGAGACCCCCAAGGGGGGUGUGGCAUGCGAGUGCAGGCCUGGCUUUGAGCUGGCCAAAAACCUCAGAGACUGUACACUGACGUGCAACUAUGGAAACGGGGGGUGUCAGCACACGUGUGAUGAAACAGAUGUGGGUCCGGUAUGUGGCUGUCAUCAGAAGUACGCCCUGCACUCAGACAGCAAGACCUGCAUUGAGAGAGAUGAGGCUGCAAUUGAGAGCUCUGAGUUCAAUGCCACUUCAGUAGCUGAUGUGGACAAGCGGGUGAAACGGCGGCUACUUAUGGAAACCUGUGCGGUGAACAACGGCGGCUGCGACCGGACGUGUAAGGAUACCGCCACAGGGGUGCGCUGUAGCUGCCCUGUCGGAUUCACCCUGCAACCCGACGGCAAGACCUGCAAAGACAUAGACGAGUGCCAGGAGAACAACGGAGGCUGUGACCACUUCUGCCGAAACACAGUGGGGUCAUUCGAGUGCAGCUGCCAGAAGGGUCACAAACUGCUCACUGACGAGCGCACCUGCCAAGAUAUUGAUGAGUGCUCCUUUGAAAGGACCUGUGACCACACGUGCAUCAACUACCCGGGCAGUUUUGAGUGUGUUUGUCAAAAAGGAUUCACCCUCUAUGGAUUUACACACUGUGGAGACAUAGACGAGUGCAGUAUUAACAACGGGAGCUGUGAGCACAGCUGUGUGAACACACUGGGCAGCUAUGAGUGUGUGUGUCCGCCCGGACAGAAACUCCACUGGAACAAGAAGGACUGUGUCGAGGCGGUGAAGUGUAUGCCCAAUGGGAAGCCGGUUCCACGCGCCCAGCUCAGCUGUACCAAGAGCGGGGGUGUUGAGGUGUGCUCGCUUUCCUGCCCCUCCAACGCCCUCUUUCUCGCAGACUCUGAGAACAGCUACACGCUGAGCUGUGGGGUGCCCGUUCAACCUGGGAAAGCACCACAGAAGAGGAAUGUCACAACCACCCUACUCACCUGUGCAGACAUCCUGGCUCCCCCCAUCAAACAAAAGGCUCGCUUCAAGAUCAAAGAUGCCAAGUGUCACUUGAGGCCCCGCAACAAGGAGAAACACAGAGAUGCCACCAAGCAGAGUCUGCAAGGCGGCCAGUUCCCAUGCACCGACAACUGCCAGGUGACGUUUGUCAACCUCAAGUGCGAUUCAUCCAAGAAGCGACGGCGCGGACGCAAAUCACCCUCAAAAGAGGUGUCCCACAUCACAGCCGAGUUUGAGAUGGAGAUGAAAGAGGAGGAGGCCUCAGACUCCUGCGACAUAGAUUGCGUGCGGGAGAGAACAAAACAGCGUCUGCAGAGUGCCAUGCGGACCCUGAGAAAGUCCAUCAACAAGCAGCAGUUUUACAUCCAGUUCUCCGGUACUGAGUACGAGGUGGCCCAGAAACCCGCCAGGCUGCCCGAAAGGGCAGAGGGCUGCAGCACUGGACAGGUUUUAAGAGAUGGAAAAUGUGUGAGCUGUGGCAUGGGAACGUUUUACAGCGGAGAUCAGGAGCAGUGUGUGCAGUGUUCCCCAGGUACCUACCAGGACACGGAGGGCCAGUUGUCCUGUGAGCCCUGCCCCAGCACCGAGGGUCAGGGCAUCACUGGGGCAAAGAAUGUCUCCCAGUGUGGAGGUCAGUGCCCAGCGGGUCAAUAUUCAUCUGACGGUUUCCGUCCAUGCCAGCCGUGCCUUCUGGGCACCUUUCAGCCAGAGCCUGGUCGCGUACUCUGUUUUCCCUGCGGAGGAGGCCUCAUGACCAAGUACGAGGGCUCCAUCGCUUUCAAGGACUGUGAGGCCAAAGUUCAUUGUGCCCCCGGGCACCACUACAACUCCAGCACCCAUCGCUGCAUCCGCUGCCCGGCGGGAACUUACCAGUCUGAGUUCGGACAGAACUAUUGCAUCACCUGCCCUGGCAACACCACCACAGACUUUGAUGGUGCCACCAAUGUGUCCCACUGCAAGAACCAGGUGUGCGGGGGGGAGCUUGGUGACUACACAGGAUACAUUGAGUCCCCCAACUACCCUGGGGACUACCCCUCCAAUGUGGACUGCAUCUGGACCAUUAACCCCCCACACAAGAGACGCAUCCUAAUCGUGGUGCCAGAGAUAUUCCUCCCCAUGGAGGACGAGUGUGGUGAUGUGCUGGUGAUGAGGAAGAGUGCUCUUCCCACCUCCAUCACCACCUAUGAGACGUGCCAGACGUACGAGAGGCCCAUCGCCUUCACCUCACGCUCCCGCAAGCUGUGGAUUCAGUUCAAGUCCAACGAGAUUAACAGCGGGAAGGGCUUCCAGGUCCCCUACGUCACCUACGAUGAGGACUACCAGCAACUGAUAGAAGACAUUGUGCGAGACGGGCGCCUCUACGCCUCAGAGAACCACCAGGAGAUCCUGAAAGAUAAGAAGCUGAUAAAGGCCCUGUUCGAUGUGCUGGCCCACCCCCAGAACUACUUCAGGUACACAGCGCAGGAGUCCAAAGAGAUGUUUCCCCGUUCCUUCAUCAAACUGCUCCGCUCCAAAGUCACCAGGUUCCUCCGGCCGUACAAAUAGACUGGGACUCCCCCGUCUCUCACCUCUUUACCCUGUAACUCCUAAAUGACUCUUUUCCAUACACCCCAACCUUUGACUUCAGCCCUUGUACCUCUAUUUCUGCCCCUCAGUCCUCCUUUGCAAAGAGUGCCCUCCCUGCACAAUACUAAACACCCUAAUGUUUUCCCAACUUUCCUAACACCUUUUGUUUCUACCAUCCUCGUUUUUAUUCUAACAGUACACACCUGUUUUUUUUGUAGUUGUUAUUUUGAGAUAUUUAUAUGUGUUAGAACUUGCAGAAGCCCACAUCAUGGAUGUCUGAUAUAUGUGCAUUUACCGUACAUACAGUACAGGCACUUAAGCCACAAGUGGAAUGUGUGUUUGGGUGUGUAUGCACCUAUGUAUGUUUUUAUUUGUUUAAACAUGUGCAAGUGCAUACAAGUGUUCAAAACAAUUAUUCACAAACAAGUACAUGGAUGCAUCAUAUAGAUAGAUAGAUAUACUGUAUUGUAAAAUAUAUGUAUAUAUAUUUCUAUACAUAUCUUGUAUACUCGUGCUUUUAUACUCAGUAUACUCGCAAGAGUUGGAACUGAAAGAAUUGGUGCACUUAAAAGUUAUUUUAAACAAAGGAAAUUGGAUUGAGUUUCAGACCAUUCCACAUAAACUAAUGAUUCAUCCUGAAGCGCACGGAUACAAAUUAAAUUUAGUCGAAAAAGAAUUAUAAGGCUGUAUUGCAGAUCUUAAAAACAAGAUAUAUAAAAUAAAACUACCUGCAAGCAACAGGCGUUACUAGAGAGAAAUGUAUGUAAUGUAACUAAUAUUUGGAACUUUAAUUGCACUUGAAUUGUAUAUUGUAAACUGUAGAGAAAAGAAAUCUAAGUUACAUUUUCUUUUGUUCUGUGUUGUAUAGAAAUGUAACAUGUCAUUUGUGGAGAAGAAAACACAAAUCUGUCCAAAUGUCAGUCAUUCAUGACUCCUUGGUAAACUUUAGUACACACAUGCACAUGUAUCAUUUAAAGGGUAAUGACACACAGUGGCUCCCUUCCCAAGCCCUGCCUCAUUCCUUUAAGACUCUUUUGACUUGCUGCCAGAGAGAAGGGGCAUACAAUGAAAGGCUUCUUGUAUGAUGGCACUAAGCACACAAAACCCAAAUACCUGCCUUUAACAAUGAAGCCCCUUUCUUGACCGGCUCUCCUUCACACAUUGCUUCCUGUCACUGAUAAGGAAGGAGAUGUACAAUAUAUUUCUGUAUCAAUAUAACCCAACCUUACAAGCAUCAUUCACCUCCAUACUAUCGUUUUUAAAACCAAUCAGUUCAAAAUAUCAUAUUGAAGAUUAAUGCCAUUUCUACACAAUGGGAUGGAAGCAGAGAUGUAUUGUGUGACUGGAUUGUAGAAUAUGAGGUGAAUUAGUGAAUGUAGUGACGGAGGUACAGUCACAUGGGAUUAGCUCUGUACGAGAGAGCCAGCUAACUAUUAUAAGAGUGUCUGUAUAUACAUAACAUUUGCAGCUGCUAUGGGUAGCCAGUAAACGCUUACUAAUAAAGAAGAAAAUAAAAAUAAACUGUCCACGUAAAUUGCCCCGACAGUCAGUGUUGGUACCUAUUAUCAUCUUAUCACAAACAUAUUACAGUGUUAUAACCCGGUUAUAAAAACAUCAACUCUUUGUGCUGGGCACAAGGAUAGUAAUAAAUAUAUAUGGCUCGUAUUCUCUAACCCAGAGGUCAUAUACAAGGGCCUCUGUCGUAGUAUGUAAUUGAGGAACAAAAUGAUGCAAAGUAGUGUCUGAUCCCUGAAAUGACCUAGUGAUCCAUCUCUUGUUCCAACUCGCAUUGUCGUGUCAUUCUCAUAAGAACUCGGUUGUCACUGACCUACAUUCAUAACAUUGUUUUUAGUUCAGUAAGAAAAAUUGUCUCUUGGCCGAGGUAUGAGUGUUUGUCCCAGUCCACUCGAAAUGGCUGCCACUGAGGUAGAGAUGACUGUCUGCCUCCAUUGCCGGUAAUCAAGAGUUUUCUGAUGAUAAUGUAUGAAAUGCUCAAAACAUUUGAGAUAGACUUUUCCUGCGAAUGUAUUCUUUUGCGUAUGGGAGAUUGAGGAAUGUGUGUUUGUGAGUGUGUAUGGGUGCCUGUUUAUGUGUGUCAUGUCUGUUUGUGUGAGGGUGUGAGAGACAAAAAAAAAUAUUGUAUGUAUGUACUUUAGUCCAUUUUAUAGAGGAAAAAAUUUAACUUUUGUGUUAGUCAGUUGUACCCAAAGAACAAAACUGUAUCACAGUGUUGUGCCAUUGUGGUAUUGGUCCAUGAAAAUUGAGUAAAGAACCAAUUUAAAUAAAACAGUAGCAGAAAUUACUCCACAAU